UGCAUACUUAACAGUCAACAUAUUUUUGUAUUAGUACGAUCAGUUGAACAUGUUGCGAAUAUGAAAAUUUAAUAUGCGAAACAGAAUUUUAAAACUGCAAAUUUAAUUCUUGCAAAAUUAAGAUAAUGAAAAACUACUCAGAACAAAAAGUUGCUAAGUUUUUGCUGAAUCUUAAAUUACGUUCUUAUUCGGUUGUUUGUAAGAUUGUAAAAGUGUGAAAUACUAAAAGAUGUUUGAGAAUAUGUAUAUUGAAAAAAAUAGCAUUCGUUGCUAGGACAAAUUGUGUCUUGGGUUAACAUAGUCAAAGUUUUUACGAGUUUUAACUGUUUACAUAGAUGGACAGGAGCACGAUAUCAAUUCAUUUUGGUUUAAUACGCCAACAAAAUGAGAUCAACGGAUCACCGAUCACAAGGCUAUAGCGAACUUGAGUAAGUCGAACUCUUCCGUUAGAAGGUCGAAUUCAAAGUACGUGUGGUGGUUUUAACUCGUUUUGACAAUAAUUAACUUAGUGGGUAUGCGAUAUGUACAUAAGUAUGUUUCUACAUUGUAUUCUACAGAGUAUGAUUUGUGAAGGCUACAGAGGUCGGCUGUAUCAAUUACGGCGGAAGGAAUUGUCACGUAUGUGGCUAGCGGUUUUUACUUUUUUUAUAUUAACAGAUAGUAUGGUUAACUCUGAGUUAGCAAGUGAUAUGGAGAAUUACCAGUUUGUUAAUGAUGGCCGCUUGGAUUAUAUGAUGCACUAUAUGGUACCACGUGACUAUAAUGACAAAAUGAAUUCGAAAUCCUUGACAAAUUUUAAAUGGCAACAUUUUUCUAAAAACAACUUUUUGUAUAGCAACGAGGAUGAAAUACUUAGCAAAACAAUUAUUCAGACACUAGCUUUGAUAUUAAAAGAACCAGUUAUUUUACUAAGUCCAAAAAAUGCGACAUUUCAUGAUGAAACAAAACCAGUGAUUCAGGCAAUUUGUCUAAUGGCUAAUGUUAUUUCAUCAUCUGCAAUACAAAGACAUAAACUAUCACUAUACGCUAAUCAUAUUCUGCAGGAAGAAGGUGUAAAACUUUUAAAUCGUGAAAGUUUAUUUGAACACCACAGCCAUACUUUGCACGACUCUGAUGUUAAAUCAACUCAAGCUGUACCACCAACAAGUACACAAGCCAUUGUUAAUGUUUGCGCAUCAUGUCAAAUGCGAGAAAAAGUGAAGCUCAAAAGCUUAGAAUCAAUAAAAAAACUUAUUCUCAUACGCUUACAAUUACAACGCUUGCCAAAUAUAACCAAACCCAUUGCUGUGCCUAAUAACAUUAUUGACAAAUUCUAUAAAAACUUUCAUGGUGCAGUGACAGACAACUUCGUCGGCUACAGUAUGAAUUCUGAGGCGCGAAAUGCAGAAGGGCAACAGAAAAACAUUAACCCAAUCUUACCACAAUACACAAAGAGGAUGCACAGAACUCAUGACCUGUAUAGGCAACGGCGUCUCUUUGAUAAUCAAAAUACACAAAGGAAAUAUCAGACAAUCCACAGAUCACUCAGUAAACCUUCGCUUCAUCCUUCUGUCAUUCACUCUCACGAAAAUUACGAAAAACUAUUCGAAUCAACUGAAAAUAUGCAAAACGAUGAAUAUGUACAGAAUGACGACCUUCAACCGCAAUACGAUGAUCAACAAAUGCUUAGUAAAAACAAUCGAAGAGAACGAAUGAAUUACCAGCAAGAACAAUUGUUUCCUCCCAUUGAAGGUGAUAUAUAUGAUGGCUUACCCCAUGAAAAUUAUGGUACAUAUGACCCCAUAAGGGACGUGGAUGAUGAAUCAUUCUCACAUGUUAACAGCAUAUAUGUUUUUCCAUCCGUUUCUCGGAUGCGUCACAAUCGUAGAUGGGAUGUAAUCAAUUUUAAAUUUGAUCACAGCCAUUUAACAAUAAUUCGUACGAUUAUUCAUCUUUACAUACGUGGUCGGGAUUGGAUGAGAAAACAUUAUCCCGAUAUAUUGAAACAAACAGUUGUUAAUGGGAGUACUAUGCGAAGUCGUGACUUAAUAAUCAUGAUCCAUCAUGUCGUGCGAGGUUCGCAUUAUCAAAACCGCACACAUACGUUAAAAUUAGUAGAGAGCCGUCACCACAUACCAGCGGGCUUAGGACAAUGGGUACAAUUCGAAGUUAAGCACAAACUACCAUUUUGGCCGCAGCAAAAUUAUAUUACAAUGACGCUUGCAAUUAAGACACGUGAGGCUUGGAUGCGACCAUUUUUAGUAAUCCAUUCGGAAGAUGCACAAAAUAAUCAAUUCCCUCUACACAUCGAAGCAUUUAUCAGACAACCUCGUCGCCGAAAACGAAGCACAUCAUUAGAUUGCAAAGAGAGUGACCAUGAAGUGCGUUGCUGCCGAUAUCCACUAAAAGUAAAUUUUACUAAUUUCGGCUGGAACUUUGUCGUUGCGCCAACCUCAUUCGAUGCAUACUUUUGUAAUGGAGAAUGUAAAGUUGGUUAUUUGGAACAAUAUACUCAUACCCACAUUGCAUCAUUAACCACUUCUGCGACUCCCUGCUGCUCUCCAACUAAAAUGAAUUCGUUGAGUUUGCUUUAUUUCGACCAAGACCAUAAUUUAGUUUUAAGCACGAUACCUAAUAUGUCGGUAGAGAAAUGCAGUUGUUCAUAAAUAAUUUCAAAUCUCUGGCGUAUUAAUUUAUGAAUUUUAAAUGCUACUCCAUGUUUGAAAAUUAUUUCUAUACCAAUAGACAUAACUAACAGUUGUAUUGAUGACCAUUGAAUUUCGGGUUACAUUAAUAUACAAUAAUAAUAAAUGUGCUCUCUCGAUCAGCAGGAAUCAAAAUACUAGACAAGAAUACAGAUGCCGUGGUAUACGUGUAUUUGUUUAUUAAGAAUUGUGCCCAAUCAUCUUACAGGUUGCAUUAUAUUUACCAAUAUAUGUGGGUCAGUCAGUUCUGUGUUGGUUGAUUUCAACAUCCACAUCAAAAAAGACAUACAUAUAGUAGAAGUAACACCAAAUACCAAACAAAAGUUAAACUGCUAAUUAUAUGCAUAUGACUAUUCGAUCAAAUUAAAAUUUUAAACAUCCUCGCCAUUAUAGUAACUUAAAAUAAAAGAAUAUUUUUAGCUGUACAUCAUUUUUUACAUCUGUAUAAAAUAGACUUUAGUUAAACCUUCAUAUAUUGUGUCUAAAAAGUACCCGGAUAUUGCAAAUAAAUCGCAAAGUAUUUAAUUAUUCAUCAA